AUGCUGCGCACGGUGACGGACACGGCGCACCAGUCGCUGGCGCACGUGGCACGACAGCUGGGGCUGUGCGCGGCUGCCAGCGGUCGCCCGCUGGUCUGCGGCCAGUGCGCCGGUCUGCUCAACGGCUACCACCGGCACCGGACGCUCGCGGAGCGGCACAGAGAUGAGCUGCUGCUGCGAGCCAGCCGCUUCGCCAAGGCGUCGCAGCUAGCGUCGCACCAGCGCAUACACUCGGGCGAGAAGCCGUACGGUUGUCCAUGUUGCGGCAAGGCGUUCCGGCUGGCCAAGUAUCUGACCAGCCACCUGCGCACACACACCAACGAGCGGCCGUACGUGUGCGCCACCUGCGGGCGCGCCUUCAAGGAGCCCCAGACGCUGCACGUACACGCGCGAGUGCACUCGGGCGAGCGGCCGUACCGCUGCGCCGUCUGCGAGCGCUCCUUCUCACAGAGCGGCCAUCUGAAGGAGCACCAGCGGGCGCACGAGGCCGCGCCGCCGCUGCGCUCCGCCCACUGUCCGCGGCAGUUCCCGCGGCCCGUGCACCUCCUCGGUCACGUAGCCGAGCAGCACGCCGACUCGCGGCACGUGUGCGCCACGUGCGGCGCCGAGUUCGCGCGCUCCUCGUCGCUGCGCAAGCACGCCGUCACGCACGCGCGCCGCGCGUUCCAGUGCGAGCUGUGCGGAAAGCGCUUCGCGUUCGCGUCCGAGCUGCGCGCGCACGCGCGCGCCGUGCACGAGGGCGAGCGGCGCUUCAUGUGCGAGCGCUGCGGACGCGCCUUCUCGCAGGGCGGCCACCUGAAGACGCACCUACGCACGCACUCGGGCGAGCGGCCGCACCGCUGCGGCGUGUGCGGGCGUCGCUUCGCGCGCCGCGACGCGCUGACCUGCGCCGGCUGCGGCCGCGCCUACACCCACCGCUCCGGCCUGCGCUGCCACGCGCGGCUGUGCCCUGCGUCCGCCCGCUCCGCCGCCGGCGAGGACGCGGUGCGCGGUGGUGGUGAGGACCCCGUGAUUGAGGACGCGUCGGGUGCAGCGUAUCUCGGCUGUGCUGAGUGA